AUGGCCAAGAAUACUUUUAAACACAAGCUUUCUCGCGUGCUACCUUCACUUCAGUUAUGUCGAUCCAAAUACCCUUCUACUUCCAUUGAAACUCCAAUCCGGAGACCAACUCACCGGCUAUCUCCUGUCAAUCCCAAGUCCGUCGACAUCGGUUACCCAAACCUCCCGGUACCACCACCCUGUACACCCGAGCCUCAUCCUUCCAUGAUCACCGGGCGCCACGCGUCAACAACCCACUGCACAUCAUCGGGUACGUACGAGGACAGCCUGUCGACGAGUGAAUCGUUUUGUGAGAUACUGGAGAUCGAAACGGCGCGUAUAAGGAAGGAGGAGAUGAGGGAGGUGAUGAAGGGUAGUGUGGCGGUGGUGAAGAGAUCGUCGGAGCCGUACGAGGAUUUCAAGAAAUCGAUGGUGGAGAUAAUAUUGGAGAAACAGUUGUUCGGCGCGAGGGAGUUGGAGGAGCUGCUGCGCUGUUUUUUAUCACUCAAUACGACGCAGUAUCAUGGAGUCAUCGUGGAGGCUUUCACCGAUAUUUGGGAGGUUUUAAACUCCGAUAACCCGAUCAAAAACUGA